CAAUCCUCUGUAGUAUAAGAUCCUUGGCUGAUCCUUCGCUGUGGGUAGUAAAUAAUCGAAUGGAUAACGGGAGAUGGAAUCGUAAGAGUCGUUGAUGUGUUAUUAGUUCGUGUGUAACCGAAGCACGCUUUUUGAUUUCAGUGUUUGACACAACUUGUUCGAAAUAAUUGUUAUGAAGUAACCAAUAUUCGACUAAUGGAUACCCAUAUAAGGCCUUAUAAAUGAUUAUGAUGCUGUAUAUGUUAUCAUUUAUUGAGUAUCCACAGUGAGUGAGCCUAUAAGCUACUUUAAAGGGCUUAUCAAUUGUAUUUUUAAUUAUUGAACACUUAAUUUGCUGCAUUAGUUAUGGAUAUUCGUGGUAUCGAAGUUACAAAUCAAUUAAGGAGUGCAAUCCGUGCCAAACUUUUGGAGUUAGGAGUAAGGUAUGACGAAGAAUUACCCGAUUAUAUCCUUGUCAUGGUUGUGAACAAAAAAUCUCGACAACAAAUGCACGAAGAUUUGCAUUUAUUUUUGGAAGAUUCUACUGCUCCAUUUGUCGAUUGGUUACAUGACCAAGUUUUGAAAAAGCUGCAAAAGGUAACGGUGACUAAAAGAAAGUCAUCCAGAGAAUUCGUGCCAACUGUCGUGGUGAAACAAGAAGAAGAACGAAAGAAAAAGAAACUCAACCCAACUUCUUUCUUAGAUUCUCAUGGAAAUAUUCAAAAUAAUGAAAAGCCGGAUAAGAUUGCAGGAAGUGAGAAGUCCGUAGCAAAAUUACGGAUAAAAUCGUUAAUGGGUAUUCAGAAUUCUGAAUCGAUACAGAAGAAAAGCUUAGAAAAACCCACUAAAGGAAGUAGCACUUCAGAUACCCAAUUACAAGAUGUACCAGACAAUGUACGAUCGGAAAGAAAUCAUAACGUAUCGCAGAAAACUGAUACGUGCAUCGACGAGUCAAUGGACAAUGUUUCACCCAAAACUUCGUGCUCAUUAGAAACACCAUGUAAUAUAUCUGCAGAAGCUCAAAUAGAUACAGACACGCAGGAAAUUGUUGACAGCAAACAUUACAGUUCUUGCUCCAAUUUAAAGCUUACAAAACAAUCAAAGGAUUCAGAAGCGGAAGAUAAUAUUGAAGGAAAAAGAUUAAAAUCGUGUAUUAACAAACCAAGAGUUACAUCGGUAGUUUCUGUAAAAAAUCGCCUUGGUAUUAUUUCAUUACGUAAAAAAUUUGAAAUUCACAGGGAUAAAUCAGCCAUAAACGAUUGUCAUCGAUUACCAGAAAAGCAUUUCAACAGAUUCAGUGGUAGAAAUCGACAAAACAUUCAUGGACGAAGUUUUCAAGAGGAAGAUGUCGCGAGUAAGUUUUGUGAAAUGGCAGAGAAGCCUACUGACAUUAAGAGUCGGUUAGGUAACAAUAGACAAGAAAAAUCACAUAAAAGUACCGAAGUAAAAGACCAAUUCAAUACUAAUGUAAAAAUGAAAUCCCUGGGGAUACCAGGAGCUACCGUUAAGGACCGUUUGGGUAUAGGAAACAAUGCAAAGUGUAGUACAUUGUAUGCAAAUAAAAAUCAAUGUAAUUCAAAUUUUAAUCCAAAGAUUAAGCACAGAUUGGGACCAUUGAAGAACAAUUUUAAAUCAACUAGCAAUAAGGGAGGAUUCUACAAAACCCCUUACGGCAACGAAGAUAGUAAAUGCUUGAAUUUAAAUGCCGAAGAUGAAAUAGAUGACAAUGGAGAGUCGGUAGUACAUGGGCCUAUACGCUCACACAUAGUAGCCGUGAAAGCACCAUUGAAAGGCUUGACAAGAAGGAAACAUCCAAUAUUGCCAGAGAAAAUGGGUAAAGGAACGUUAUCCGACAGGGAUGAUAAAAUUACGGAUGAUAAUAAAUUAUCAAGUAAAGUAAUUGUCACACCCAGGCCUUUAAAACCUUUGCAACCAAUUCAAAAGCGAGCAACCCAGUCUUUAUUGCUUAGGGCUGUAGCUGAAGCAAAUCGAUCGGUUGUUAAACAGAAGAACCCAGAACCAUUGUUAAUGGAUAAAAAGCCAGCGUUAAAGAAUUUGAAGAAUCAUAUGGCAUGGGAAAUAGGUCAAAACCUAUCGGUCCAUCUGAAUUCUAGCAAAAGGUUCGUAAUGGAAAAAAUUCAAGUGGAACUCACAACGGAAGAGUCUUCCGAUAAUAAAUCUGAUUCCUAUGUUCCGCAAGGCCUUCCCGAGGAACACAUGGGUGUAGUAAUGUCCUUGUUCCAAAGGACUGAUGACAACCAAAAAUUUUUAGUUACAUUAAAUGGAUACAAUAGCAACGUUUUGAAGGAUAGAUCCCUAUGUGACGAAGAUGAACGUUUAGAGAUGGAGGUGAACGAGGACGACGAAAUUGCCCUUUCCUCCGUUCAGGCGGAUUCACGUGUUCAAGAACAGCAGCAGUCUUCGGAUACAUUAGACAUGCUAAAUGACAGAAAUGAAGUUUGCAUAAAUGACGAUGCGUUAAGAUAUGAAGAAAAUAUUGAAAACUGUAAUACAGAAAAUGUUGACGUUGAUGACGAGGAUGUGCCUACGAAAAAAAGGAAAUUAAGCCCUAUUGUGUACAAUCGGUCUCGAUCACAAAGUCCGAGCGAUUCGAAAUCAAUCUCCAAUCGUCAUUUAACAGAUGCAAAACAUCUGGAUCCAUCGCUUUCAAUUGAUACUGUCAUACCGGCAUUAAAUGACAAGAGCAGGGAGAAAUGCAGAUAUUGGCCAAACUGUACAUUAGGGAAUAAAUGUGCUUAUUACCAUCCUGCCGUGCCCUGCAGCCUUUUUCCUGCCUGCAAGUUCGGUGAGAAGUGUGUUUACAAGCACCCCAAAUGCAAAUUUGGUCUGUCAUGUACAAAAUUAGGAUGCAUAUUUUCACAUCCUGCCCAGCAAUGCAAAUAUCACCCAUUCUGCACCAAACCUGCUUGUCCGUUUUCUCAUCCACCGGUUCAACCGCCUACGCAUUCGGGCCCAUCGGGUCAGAGAACGAAAUUUACAUGGCGAAGGCGAGGAUAAAAUAUGCAACGUAUCUAAGGUGAUCAAGGAAUCAUUGUUUUCGAAUCUGAUAUCAUCAACAUUAGUAAUAGCAGCUUAAAAAUAUUUUUCAUUAACCCAUAGUUUGUCAAUAUAAUAAAACAAAAUGUAUCGACGUUUCUUUAUCUAAGAGUACUCGUGUGUAUAUUCUAGAUUGAAAAUUAUUAUAUUGUAAGUUAUGGCACCUUACUCCCUCUAAAAUUACACGCCAAUCAAUAUUUUAUGAGUCAUAGAGUAUGUAUCGUAUGAUAAGCUAAUGAAAUUACCGUUCGAACGCUUAAUGGUUAUGAAACAAAUGUAUAUAUCUUUAUGUAAGUAAAUCCAUAGAGAAAGAACGCAAUGUCAAUCGAAGACAAAUUUUACCAAAUAUAUGUAGUAUUCGGAAAAAUA